AUGGCAUCCAACGCUAGGACAUACAACGACGCAAUCGACGCGCUCAACUCCCUCCAAACCCCCUUCGCCGUCAUCGAAGCCCGGCGCAAAGCCGGCAUCCGCCCUGAUGCACACUCGGUAAAGGAAAUGCGUGCCUACCUGGCCCGCAUCGGCUACUCCUCGCAAGACCUCGACCGUCUCAACAUCGUUCACGUCGCCGGCACAAAGGGCAAGGGCAGCACCUGCGCCUUCGUCGACUCCAUCCUCACACGUCACCAGCGGACACACCCGGGCAUCCCAAAACGCAUCGGACUCUUCACCUCCCCGCACCUGAUCGCCGUCCGGGAACGCAUCCGGAUCGACUCCAAGCCCAUCUCCGAGGAGCAGUUCGCCCGCUACUUCUUCGAGGUCUGGGACCGUCUUGAGACGUCAGAGGUGGCCCAGGAUGAGGUUGCCUUGAAAAGCAAGCCCAUCUACGCUCGCUACCUGACGCUGAUGAGCUACCACGUUUACCUGUCCGAGGGCGUUGACGUGGCUAUUUACGAGACAGGCAUCGGCGGUGAAUACGAUGCCACCAACGUGGUGGACCGGCCCGUGGCUAGCGGUAUCAGCACCCUUGGUAUCGACCACGUUUAUGUUCUGGGCGAUACCGUCGACAAGAUUGCGUGGCACAAGGCGGGGAUUAUGAAGACGGGCAGUCCGGCGUUUACCAUUGACCAGGUCCCCUCGGCGGCGCAGGUGCUCAAGGAUAGGGCGGUGGAAAAGGGUGUUGAUCUCAAAGUCCUGCAUGUUGAUCCUAGACUUCAGGGAGUCAAGAUCCGUCCUGAUGCGGUGUUCCAAAAGAAGAACGCUACGCUGGCUAUUGCGCUCGCUGAGACUGCUUUGAAGAAGCUGGAUCCUUCUUUCAAGCCUGGUGCCGAUAGCCUAUCGCCAGAGUUCGUAGAGGGUCUGGAACAGGUCGUCUGGCGUGGCCGAUGCGAGGUCAAGGAGGAGGAUCAGGCAGCUUGGUAUCUUGAUGGCGCGCAUACCGUUGACAGCCUGAAGGUGGCGGGGAGGUGGUUUGUCGAGGAGUGCGUCAAGAAGGGCAAGAGCGGUCCCAAGGUGCUCAUUUUCAACCAGCAAGGCCGCUCUGAAGCCGUUGAUUUCCUCGAUGGGCUUUGCAACACUGUCAAGAAUGCCGAUCCGGAGGGAACGGGCUUUAGCCAUGUUAUUUUCUGCACAAACGUCACAUAUGCGAAGACUGGUUACAAGAAGGACUUUGUCAACCAUCAGUAUAACCCCAAAGACAUUGAGAACAUGACACAACAACGAGUCUUCGCAGAGAGGUGGUCAACCCUAGACCCAUCCGCGAAUGUCAUGCUCAUCCCCACCAUCGAGGAGGCCAUCAACAAGGCCAGGAGCCUGGUAGGAGACUCCACGGAAGGCGGCGACCAGAAAGUGCAGGCACUUAUUACCGGCAGUCUUCACCUCGUCGGUGGCGCGCUCGGCAUUCUGGAAAAAGCGGAUGCUCUUUGA